GCUGUUAGUGCUGGUGUUGCUGGUGCUGCCGCCGCCGCCGCCGCCGCCGCUAACGUCAGUCACUCCGCGUUCGGUUCUUCGGCACCCGGUUCGCUCGGACCCAUCGCCGCUUCUAGACUUUGCUGCGAGCUCGGAUCUUGCCGGGAAAAUGUCUGAUGAAUUUUCGUUGGCAGAUGCACUACCUGAACACUCCCCUGCCAAAACCUCUGCUGUGAGCAAUACAAAACCUGGCCAACCUCCUCAGGGCUGGCCAAGUUCCAACCCUUGGAAUAACCCAAGUGCUCCACCUUCUGUGCCAUCUGGACUCCCACCAAGUGCAACACCCUCCACUGUGCCUUUUGGACCAGCACCAACAGGAAUGUAUCCCUCUGUGCCUCCCACCGGACCACCUCCAGGACCCCCAGCACCCUUUCCUCCUUCUGGACCAUCAUGUCCCCCACCUGGUGGUCCUUAUCCAGCCCCAACUGUGCCAGGCCCUGGCCCCACGGGGCCAUAUCCUACACCAAAUAUGCCCUUUCCAGAGCUUCCAAGACCCUAUGGGGCACCCACAGAUCCAGCUGCUGCUGGUCCUUUAGGUCCAUGGGGAUCCAUGUCUUCUGGACCUUGGGCACCUGGAAUGGGAGGGCAGUAUCCUACCCCUAAUAUGCCAUAUCCAUCUCCAGGGCCAUAUCCUGCGCCCCCUCCCCAAGCACCAGGGGCAGCACCACCUGUUCCAUGGGGCACUGUUCCACCAGGAGCCUGGGGACCACCAGCACCAUAUCCUGCCCCUGCAGGAUCAUAUCCCACACCAGGACUCUAUCCCACUCCCAACAAUCCUUUUCAAGUGCCUUCAGGACCUUCUGGUGCUCCACCGAUGCCUGGUGGCCCCCAUUGUUGCUCAGCCAAAGUUUUGUUGGAUCCUCCGCAGCGUUGAGCUCCAGAUUAUACCACUACUCUGCGUUGUCAGUUACAGUCUUACCAUUAAGUUAAUGGACGAAGAGAUGACGCUUUGCUUUUUGAAGUACAUAUAUAUGCACAUGAAUGCAUAUAUAAAAAUUGCUGGUUUCACUAUUCUUAGAGGGCAUUCAUGAAAGAACAACUCUUGCACCUCUCAGAAGAUAUCUGCCUCUUGUACUUGGAUGUAUAGUAUAUCUGAUGUAUACAAUCAGAUAAAAAUGUAAAAGUAAAUCAUUCAAAUGUGAUUUUUAUUCGGUUUUUAUGGAACGUUAAAGUGAUGAAGUAUAUUGAAGAGCUCUUUGAUACAAUUUGUUUAAAACAAGAUUUCAAUUUGUUUAAAUUAUGAAACCACACACUUAAAAAUCUAAGAUGAUGUGGAUUAUUGUUAGAAUCUGCAACCUCAUUGGCAAAUUAUUUCAAGUAUUUUUCUAUAAUCACUUUUUCCCUAAAUAAACACACUUUGAAAACAAUCAUAUUGUCAUAAUUUAAACAAAUGUUGCCUCUCAACAUCUUGAACUGCUCUGUCUAUAGAAUAAAUAAACCUGGUCCUCUUGAGGUUGUAGUUUGGAUAUAUAUUUUAAAGCUAUUGGUAAUUAUUGUCAGAUGUUGAGUUCAUUAGCCUGGCAGUGCACAUUUUUAUCCUUGAGCUUUUAGUAAAAACUUUUCUUUGAUUUUGAGUUCUACCUGAUCUGCUUUAUUUUUAGCCAGAUGGGUCACACAGCUCUAAAAUCUGCCAUUUAUGAAAACUUGUUUCUUUUUAAUGCAGGCCAGCGUGUGUGUAAAUUAUUAUUAGAGAAUUGGUCAUCUCUGUAUUGCUUUGGAAUAGAUUUUGAGAUGUCAGUAUUGCUUUGGGAAGAACUCGAAGAAGGAAAUAAUUCUCUCCUUUGUCUUAAACCUCAAGCCAGAGGAAACCCUGGAAAUUGCUUCAUAGUGACAAGUAACUUGCAUUCCCACAGAACACUUCUACUCAGACCCUUUCCUAUAGGUCCCUCUGCCUCAGUUCUUUAGAAGGAGCACAUCCUUUAGUUUCUCCCUGAUACGGAAAACUGGCACACUCUAGGGGUCUGUUGUAAACACAUAUAGCAGUUAUGUUUCAAGAACCUUAGUCAUUUAGACAUGACUCUUUGUACAAGUGCGAUCAAAAUGUGUACGUGUCUUUCAGAGUCUGGUUAAGCUGUGUCAUUGUCCUUUGCAUAGUUUCCUGCAUCUGUUGUAAAGUGCUUAUGGCUCACAGUUCAGUUCUGUGUUUGUUGACAGUAAAUAGGUAGGAUUGAGUGCCAUCCUUAAAAGUUAUUCUCUAGCUCUAAUACUGAAACUAAUAAUUAUAAGGUGUAGAUCUCUGUAUUCCGUUGAAAGCAAGCAGUGUGACUGUCGCUUAAAUUAGUAUUGUUUGUAACCACCGAAAUAGCCUGAGUAGCUUUUUGGCACCUUAUCUCUAAAUCAGAUCCUUAGAGUCUUAGAACUGACUAUGUUAUUUGUCAAAUAACAUUUUGAACCUUUGAAUGUAUCCAUCGGGUUACUAAAAUAUGUCAUGGAUUUCAUGACUAGUCUAGGAGAGAUUUAUGCUGGAGCUCUUGUUUUUGCUUAGAAAUAAAAUAUUUAGUAGUUUGUUUCUCUUAUAGUUAAAAUGUCAAGAAUGCCAAAUGCUGCCAAUUUAAUGGUUUGAUAGCUACCUCCUUUUAAGAAAGCAAGAUGGUCAUCUUUGAGAAGAAAUUCAGUGUUUAAGCUCCCUUUUAAAUAGAUGAUAGAGUCAGGCUUUCAGAAUUGAAGCUGAUUUGCUUAGAUACCUUCAGACUGGGGAAUGUCGUUAGACAGCUCCUACAGAGUGGUGCAAGCGGUCUUGUUUUCUUUCGCUUCCUUGCAAGGACAAGCCGCACCGAUCUAUAACACUCUUGGAAUCUUUGGUCAGAGCAGCCUCCCAUUUACAAGGCAGUAGCCCUAGAAGGUAUUUUAGCUUAAAUGGUCGGGCAGUAUGUCAGCUAACUGGGGGAUGAGAGGAAAAGUGAGAUAGCAGCGAAGAUCUCUCUCCUGGCGGUGAUUUUGGUUGCGUUAAGUUGGGAGAAAUUGACAGCUCUGGCUUUAGAUACAAUAUUUAAUGUAACACUAGAGGAUACUGUUUGAUUAAGAGAAGUGGUAGCACGUUUGGGAAUCUGUGAUCGUGGAGUCCAUUUAUUAGAGGAGAAAAUCUGCUAAAGGAUUUGAAGGAACAUGAACAUGAGAUUUGGAAUUAACCCCCAAUAAAUACAUCAACUUGGCUAGUGACCCGUACUACCCAAUGUGCCCUAGACAUCACACCUUUUCUUUGCUUUUCAAGGACUUUCCAACUGGUAGUUGUGAAAUUUUUUUUAACCUAAGAAUGGAAUUCAAAGGGACUAGAAUUUGCUUUUAUGUUCCUUUUAGUUUUGUAGAGCAUUAUUUCUCAGCUUUCGGGGUGGGUACUCUGGGACAAAAAUGUAUUUUUAGGUUCAGGGUAAAGUUAAAAGCAGUUGUUCCAGCAGAGGAAUGGGGGGAAAGCACGGGGGAAGGUUUUUCUCUUUACAAGGGACUAACGUUGCUUUUGAAACCAGUCCUGGUAAGCCGGCAUCAGUUUAGGGAAGAGACUGUUUCUUAGAAAGUUUGUUUGGUCUCAGAAGGGAAUACACAGGAUGGAAUAUGCUGGCACUUGGACUCUCUCCGAGCAAGAACUUUAAGACAAAUUUGAUGGAGGUAAUCGAGAUGUGUUGAGGAUUAGUGUUUCUGGAGUUGAAAUCUUAGAUUUUGAAAUCUUAAACCGGAAAAUGAAAAUAAAGAUCUUAGGUCCUCAUCACACACGCAGUUCUCAAGAAUCAAGUUUCCUUGGAGGAGUGCUUGUUGAAAUGCCUUGGCUUGUCUGUCCUGGGCUCAGCCUGACGCCUUUUCAUGCUUUUGAAGAUGGUGUUUACAACUCGGACUCCACAGCCCUGUUUUAUAUAAAGUAAAACAUAGAUUAUUCAGCAAUAGGCAAUACAUUUGUUUUAAUUACCCAAGGGCCUCCUUCCUUCGUCAGUGUUCCUGUUGUUUUCAGUAGAGAAUAAUGGGAGAGAAGAAGGGGGGUGAAUUUUUGGCCUUGGUCUGGCACACCACUACAACAGAAUAUUGGCCUAUUUUCUAGGAAAGAAGUCGGUUUUGCCCGUAAAAUUUUACCUCACAAAUAAUAAUAAGUGCUACCUAUUGUACCCCAAUGGACAGCUUUUGAAAUUAUGUGUACAGCAGGACGAAGCUCUGCUCACGUUUCAGUUGAGAUGCUGUGCCUCGUUUGCAUGUCAGUCAGUUGCCUAGACUUCUAAAUGAUUAGUGCCAAUGUCUUCCUUCCUCACCCUGAAUAAGUGAGUGCUAGAUUUAUAAAAUGCCAGGGUUAUAAACCCUGGACAUUAAACCUAAGCACAGACAGACCUUCAAGUGUUGGUUUUUGAAAAGCAUAAGGUUAAAUUCAGAUGAAUCACACUGAUAGAGGUACUAUGCAGAGAAAGUGGGGGGCGGCUUUCAGGGAAGACUAAAAUGUAAUCUUGAGCAAUAUUGAGUAUUGAAGACAGACACUCUUUUUUUUUCAGAAUUCUGCUAAGUAAAAUUAAAAUUGCCAGUAAAAUAAUCAGUAUUAAAGAAAUGCCAGGCAAGCUUCUGGCUAGAGAAAACAUCUGAGAACUGCAUUUGUUCAGCACUCGAGUGUCUGAUCCCGGUGCUUUGCCAGCUUCCAGAGCUGCAGAGAAGGAGGAGAAUGCCUGUCCCGCGGAGGCUUACCAUCUAGGGGUAGCAUUUACAGAAUGCAUUAGUAAACCCAUUUUUGGUUUACCUAGAUAAACAUGUUUUAGUUUGCCGCUGGUGGAAAUGAGAGGCCAGCCUUUGGACAUUUUAAACAGCAAAGUGUGGUGUACCUUUUUUUUUUAAGUAAGAAAUUAAUGUUUCUCAAGAUUGUAGUGUUGGUGCAACUGUUCACAUGUGCAAAGUAACGGGAGGUUUUUCCUCUUCACUUCUUCCCUGGAUGAAGGCACUUAAAUUGCCUGUCACUGGUUAACAGAUACUGAUUGUUGCCAUUAAGUAAACUUGACUUCUUAUGCGUGCUCUAUAAAGGUUUUUUUUUUUUUUUGUAUUUUUUAAUAUUGUGAUUUUUAAAAUUGACUUAAUAAUGACAAAUUUGAUGUAUGUAAUUGUCUAUGCAUUUUAAGUUAAACUGCCUAAAAUGUGAUUUGAGACAUAGACAUUUGUUUUGUAUUAUGAACUGUAAGCAAUCUGUUUGAGAUGUUAGGUUUUAUCACCUGCUGCUGUAUUUGUAAACAAAGACAUGUUGCUUUAAGAAGUAAUUAUAAUUAGGAGUAGUCUAUUGAUGUGAUACUUGAUAUUUUUUAAGAUAAACUUGUUUGCUUUUGUGU